AACAUGUUGAAUUCUCAGAUCAAUCAGUCUCAUUCUAUUCAAAACCUACUUCCGCUUCAAAAACCCUUCAUUGGCGGUGAUGCCACCAAUCAUUCCUCCUCUGCCGCUUACUCUCCGGUCAUUCUCACAACCACCAAGAAAUCCACCACCACUCGCACUCGUUCCACUUCUGCUGGCAGCAUUAAAGCCAUAAGCUUGAGCGGCAUCUUUACCAAGACUACCACCGUCAAGGGUGUCGUCACCAUCCAACCAACCAUAAGCUCCGCCCUCUCUGGUAAUGGUGUUGAUCGUGUUCUUGAUGGCGUCGCUGACCUUCUGGGACGCUCCUUGUUGAUCGAGCUCAUUUCUAUUGACCUUGAUUCAAAAGGAAACUUGAAGACGGUAAAGGAUUAUGCAGCAUACGGUGGAUUAGAUUUUGCGAAAAACGUAUACAAAUACAACUGCAACUUUGACGUCCCUGAUGAUUUCGGUGAGAUAGGAGCCGUGUUGGUAGAGAAUGAAUACAGCAAGAAGAUGUUCUUCAAGGAUAUCGUACUUAACAACGAUGUCACAUUCUCAUGUGACUCAUGGGUUCAUUCCAAACAAGAUAACAGUGAAAAGAGGAUCUUCUUCACAAACAAGUCUUACCUUCCAUCAGAGACUCCAGCGGCUCUGAAGUCCUUAAGAGAGCAAGAUUUGGCUUCCCUUCGAGGUAACGGCGAAGGAGAACGUAAAUCGUAUGAGAGGAUUUACGAUUAUGAUGUAUACAAUGAUCUUGGAGCUCCUGACCUAAACAUAAGUUUAGCAAGACCGGUGCUCGGUGGUGAGGCACUUCCUUACCCUAGGCGGUGCCGUACUGGUCGGAAAAUGUCAUCUAAAGAUCCAUUGACUGAGACCAGAACGUUGCUCCCGUUUUACGUACCUGCCGAUGAAGAUUUCUCAGAGAUAAAAACGGUGACCUUUGGGGCGAGGACUUUGUACUCGGUGCUUCAUGCUGUCCUACCCUUUUUAGACUCAGCUUUGACAGACAAAGAAAAGGGAUUUCCUUUGUUCACUGCCAUAGAUUUACUUUUCAAUGAAGGUGUCAAUGUACCUCCCCCUGACAGUGGACUUUUAAGUGUUUUACCAAGACUUAUCAAAGGUGCUGCUGAUACUACAAACACUGUUGUCAAGUUUGAGACCCCUGAAACCAUUGACAGGGACACAUUCUCCUGGUUUCGUGAUGAGGAAUUUUGUCGACAAAUGCUUGCUGGCCUCAAUCCAAUUAGCAUACAGUUGGUUACACGACUGGCUCUCAUUAAUGCCGAAGGUAUUAUAGAGUCAUCAUUCUCUCCUAGAAAAUAUUGUAUGCAACUUUGCUCUGAUGCCUAUGAUCAACUUUGGCGCUUUGAUCAUGAAGCACUUCCAAAUGACCUAAUUAGCAGGGGAAUGGCUGUCGAAGAUCCAACUGCACCACAUGGAUUGAAACUAACAAUCGAGGAUUACCCUUAUGCCAAUGACGGUCUACUCCUUUGGGAUGCCAUUAAAGRAUGGGCUACAUCCUAUGUGAACCACUACUACCCACAAGCUAAUCUGGUAGAAUCCGACGUAGAACUUAAAGCAUGGUGGGAAGAAAUUUGCAAUGUUGGACAUGGAGAUAAGAAGGAUGAACCCUGGUGGCCACAACUUAAAACCCAAGAAGACUUAAUUGGAAUUGUCUCAACUAUCAUGUGGGUAACUUCUGGUCACCAUUCAGCUGUUAACUUUGGACAAUAUGACUUUGCUGGUUAUUUCCCCAACAGGCCAACCAUUGCCAGAACAAAAAUGCCUAAUGAAGACCCAACAGACGAAGAAUGGCAGACAUUCCUAAAGAGGCCCGAAGAUCUGUUAUUGAAAUGUUUCCCUUCCCAAAUUCAAGCGACUCAAGUUAUGUCAGUUCUAGAUGUUUUAUCAAGUCACUCACCAGAAGAGGAGUAUAUCGGUGCACAAAUGGAACCAUCAUGGGCGGCAGAUUCGACUAUAAACACCGCAUUUGAAGAGUUCCGCGGGAAGUUAGAGAAACUUGAAGGCGUUAUAGACUCGAGGAACACUGACUACAAUUUGAGGAAUCGAAGUGGUGCAGGAUUGGUUCCAUACCAGCUUCUGAAGCCUUAUUCUGAAUCCGGUGUGACCGGAAAAGGUGUUCCAAACAGCAUAUCCAUCUAGUUGGUUGGCUUUCAUCCAUGGAAGCUAGUAAUAAAGGUUUCCAAGAUCUAUCCUUGGGUCCGUGAGUGUGGUAAUAAGGUCAUAAUCCAUGGUUCCAUUUUGUUUUUUUUUUAUGGGUCAUUUGGAAUAAGUUCAUCAUGUGUCAUGUUAUAUUAUUAGUCUACAGAAUUAAUCCCAUACCCGAUCAAGUAGGUUGGAUUCUUUGUGCCUAACAUAAAUGGUUGGAAUAUGGAAAUGUAAGAUAUGAACAAGAAUCUUGGUUCUAUAAAUAAUUAUAAAGUAUUUGUACAAAACUCUA